GAGAGAGAGAGAGAGAGAGACUGGAAGAAGAGGGCUUAGAGGAAGGAGACACAGACAACGACUAGGCUCUCGCCUUCCAGACAAAUGGAUGAUCAUGAUCUCGGAUUUAUUUUAAAGAAACUGUAGUUGGGGGGAAGACAAUAAAUCGACGUCGGUGCUGGUCAGAUUGGUGCGUAAAACGCGCGCGAGGGAAGGAUAACGAAAAAUUUAAUAAAUAAAAAACAACAAACUACAAACGUUUUUAAGGUCGAUAGCGCAAGCGCAUGUGAGUAAAUAAAUAAUUAAAUAAAUAAGCCAGUAGAGACGGGAGGCGAGCGUCAUCCGCAGUGUGGUAGCUUUUAGCCUCCAUCUCCAUUGCAGCACCUGCGCGCGCUCAGGCAUCAAGAGACGGAGCGCGAGGAAACCGGACACAUCAAAAGACUCGAGCGCGGAUUUUAAUUUUCUGCCAUCCAGAUUCCGCUGAUUAUUUACAUUUUUUUUUUUUGGUUUUUGGAGAAAGACAAGAGAGAAAGAAAAGGGUCGCUGUGACAGCGCGGUUGCCGUUGCUGAUGCACACAUGUCCGCGGGUGUGAAGUCGCCAUUCUCCGCCCUGCAGAGCGAAUUCUCAAUCUCCCUGUGCGGACACCAGCGCUGAUCCGGAUCACACUCACCAUCCCUCGAUAAACCGAGCAGAAACACCUUCAGGCUUCUGAGACCGAACCACUGGCCUACAAAUUAAGCCACAGAAUCAGCACCUGGCUUGGCAGGACAUCAUACCAAUAACUGAUGCAAUUUAUUCUGUAUGGACGAGGCAUCUGAUUUCUAUUUCUAUCUCGGAUUUAUAUUUCCACACCUAUUUUUCCAGACCUCCAACAUGGGACGACAUUGAUUCAAGAAAAACAGACAAAAAAAAAACCCGGCAUGUUGAUCGCAUCUUUAUUGUAUUCUUCAUCCAGUGACGAUUUCUAAGCUGAUCUGUCGAUCCUAUAAAUAUUAGAAUAAAGACCAGAAUCCAUGCUGAUGACUUACCAAUGACGCCAAUACGGCAGCGCAUUCAUUAUAGUAGCGCUGGAUGUGUCUGUGCACCCCCAUAUUUCUAUAAGUAGAUAGCUAUAGAUUUCCUCAUCGCUCGUUGUCUGGGAGAUGUGCUUAUUUUAAAGGCAGUGUCCUUUUAGGGGGCUUAUUUAAAAAAAAAAACACAGGGAUCCACUAAAUCCAGCACUUAUCAUUCUAUCCUCAUCCUGACUAAGCCCUUUUCUAUUUCUUGCUUAGUUCUGGUCAUAUUCUUUUUGUGUGUGUGUCCGUGUUGCUGUUUUGUACAAGGCACCAAGGAACAGUUUGCCUCCAUUACGGACACCAGGCUUCUGUCAGGCUCGCACCCAUGGAUCAGCCCACCAAGCUUCCUCCGUCGAGUCCAUCCUCGCCCACAGCGGCCUUCUCUGUGCCCAGUGCUGAGAAGGUGGAUGGCUUUCCACGCCGCUCCAUGCGCAGGGCCCGCCAGAGAAGGUCACACAGCUCGUCGCAGUUCCGUUACCAGAGCUCGCAGGUGGAGCUCACAGCUCUGCCUCUUCUCAAAGAUGCCCCAGUAGCAGAGUUGCAUGAUCUGUUUUGUAAGAAGCUGCAGCAGUGUUGUGUGCUCUUUGACUUCCUGGACUGCGUUGCUGACCUGAAGGGGAAGGAGAUCAAGCGUGCUGCACUGAAUGAGCUAGUGGAGAGUGUGGCCACCAGCCGUGGCAUCCUCAUUGAGCCCCUAUAUCCUGAGGCCAUCAAGAUGAUCUCAGUGAACAUUUUCCGUACUCUGCCACCCAGUGAGAACCCAGAGUUUGAUCCAGAAGAGGAUGAACCCACACUGGAGGCCUCCUGGCCCCAUUUACAGCUGGUCUAUGAGUUCUUCUUACGCUUCUUGGAGAGUCCUGAUUUUCAACCCUCCAUGGCCAAACGUUAUGUGGAUCAGAAAUUUGUUCUGCAGUUGCUGGAGCUCUUUGAUAGUGAAGACCCCAGAGAGAGGGAAUAUCUGAAGACCAUACUGCAUCGUGUCUAUGGCAAACUGCUUGGCCUCAGAGCGUACAUUCGGAAACAGAUCAACAACAUCUUCCUCAGGUUCAUUUAUGAAACUGAACACUUUAAUGGAGUGGCUGAACUGCUGGAGAUAUUGGGAAGUAUCAUUAAUGGCUUUGCUUUGCCUCUGAAGUCAGAACAUAAGCAGUUUCUGGUGAGGGUCCUGAUCCCCUUACACACUGCCAAAUCUCUGUCCAUCUUUCAUGCACAGCUUGCCUACUGUGUUGUGCAGUUUAUGGAGAAAGACGCUACUGUUACAGAAUAUAUCAUCAGAGGAUUGCUGAAAUAUUGGCCCAAAACAUGCACUCAGAAAGAGGUGAUGUUUCUGGGGGAGAUUGAAGAGAUUCUGGAUGUGAUUGAGCCAUCACAGUUCAUUCGUGUGCAGGAUCCACUUUUUAAGCAGAUCGCCAACUGCAUUUCCAGCCCCCACUUCCAGGUUGCAGAGCGGGCUCUGUAUUUCUGGAAUAAUGAGUAUAUUCUGAGUCUGAUCGAGGAGAACUGUCAGGUCAUCCUGCCACUGGUCUUUGGCACGCUUUACAGAGUCUCCAAAGAGCACUGGAACCAAACUAUUGUGUCACUUAUUUACAACGUCUUGAAAACCUUUAUGGAGAUGAAUACUAAGCUGUUUGAUGACCUUACUGCCUCCUACAAGGUGGAGAAACAGAAGGAGCUGAAGAGGGAGAAGGAGCGUGCUGAGUUGUGGAAGGGUUUAGAGGAGCAGGAGGAGCGAAGGCUGCAAAGUCUUGGGGAAGCAAGUCGCAACCAAAAGAACCUGCAAGACCGAGAGAAUUUGAGCAAGAACGAGCCAGAGAGCAGCGCUGGCAAUGCCACCUAGAACAUACCACACACACACACACACACACACACACACACACACACACACACACACACACACACACAUGCACAAGCCAAUAUGUAAAAAUCAACAGAGAACAUAAUAACACACACUUUGUUUUACUGACAGUUUUUACUCUGGAAAUUGCCAUCGCCUCUUAAAACAUACACAAAAAACACACACCGAUCAACAUUCACACACACACACACACACACACACACACACACACACACACACACACACACACACACACACAACAUACAGACAGACAACAUUGCUGGAACAAUCAGAGAACAAACCGACAGCUGGUUGUCUAUAUGUAGAUAUACAAGCCACUCUCAUACUCACACAUGUAGAAGUGAGAUGUAAAUGAUGCAGAAAGAAAAGAUGAGUACCUCUCACUCUUCAUGCCUUUUAUUCAUUUCCUCUGUCUCGAUACAUAUCUUAAAUGCUUCUUACUCAAUCUAUCGCUUUCAUUGCUUCCCUUCUGUUUCUCUCUUCCUAUCAAUGAUGCUAAAUGUAUUCAUGCGUACACACACCUACACAGACUGAAGACACAAGCAGCACAAAAGAGGACACACACUACAUGCAUGGAAACAUGAAUGGGCUGGAGUCACAUAAACACACACACACACACACACACACACACACACACACACACACACAGUCAUUGGUUAAACUCUGGAACGGGUCUAAUCUUGCUCUGGACCUUUCUCAGUCCCAGUGUCAUGUCCACACUCCCAAAAGAUGAAGUGACAUGCUGAAAAACAGUGAUGAUUAUGAAGAAUUAUGAUGAAGAUAACUCUGUAAAAGUAAUGGUUAUAAUGUUCUUAUUACAGCUUAUUCUAUAAGUAACACUUCUAUUGCUACUUCGACUGAUGUUUUUAUAUAUACAUAUAUAUAUAAAUAUAUAUAAAUAUAUAAAAAAUAUAUAAUAUCUAUGUCCGAUUAUAGUGUUGGUGGGGGUAUUCUAGUGUAGCACCUCUUAAACAUGACAAAAGUAUGCUGCUAGACUAAACUUGUUCUGAUGUGAAGACAUAACAUUACACUAGUCCAUUCUUCUUCUGAGGUUUCUUAAAAAAAAAAAAAGAAGGGAAAACCAUCCAAAAUGUAUUACUUUAGCAAUAUCCUCAUCUACUUUAAAUGUGUGUCAGCAGUUUUCUUUGGAAACCAUAUCGCCUACUUCAGUACACUCAGUUUUGAAGACGGGGUUAAUAUUUUGUUGAUUGUUUUGAUUUUUAUUUUUGUAUAACAUGCUGGUUGUUGAUUUUUUUAUUAAUAUUUAUUUCAUAUUGUGACCCCCUUGGAGCAAAAACAUACUGAACAAGACUGGAAAAGACUGUAUGCUGAAGCGUACCUGAAGUCUGGGAUGGAUUGUCUAUGUUUUGUUGCUGGAUGUUGGCUCUUCUGUACCAGCAUAUUCCAUGACCUUCCUCUGUUUUCCUCUGGAAAGAAAAAAGAACAUGAAAAGUGCAGAAAAAUCAUUGCUCAUUUUGUUAUUGAUUUUGUAAAAGGUGCAGUUCUUCCUCCAUACCUCCUACAAUGAGAAGGUUUAGAUGUGACAGAGUCAGUAAGGGACUCUAGAAUAGAGACUCUUUAGAGAGAGAAGGCAAUACACAAACUGGAACUGGACGCAUAAGUAGCACCACUUCAACUAGAAUUGCACUGUCCUCUUGAUCGAUGUUUUGUGUUUAAAUAUAGCAAUGUAUUUUUGGGGGACCAACGGAUUUGGGAUAUGAUUGUAUAAAGUAUGGGAUAUAAACAUGAAAA